GAGUGACGUUCUCGACUCCGACACGCACCAGACGGCAGCUCGACUGCGGUACUUACUUUGGCUCCUGAACCACGCGCCCGCGAUCUUACUGCAGCCUCUGGACAGUCAGCGGCAGCGCAAGGGGACCUGGAGCCACAUGAUCAAGCAGGACUUCGCCUUUUCCCGAAAACAUCUCCCACGAGACAGGUGGCCGAUCAAGGGCCAGCACGACGGCGACAUCAUCACCUGGGCCCGCCUGAAGCCCAUACACUGCACCAACGCGGCCAAGGCAGCUACCAACGCACACCUGCUCUAUGUGCGCGACCAGGCCCAGCUUGAGAGGUUCCAGAAGGAUACCCAGGUGCCCGCGACCCCCUCGAGCACCGCAGAGAUCGACCAGGCCGACGGCACCGACCAGACUAGAUACAUCUGCUACGUCUGCGGCCGCACAGCCACCGAGCAGGGCAUGGCGGUACACAUGGGCAGAGACCACCCCGACAGCGAGAACCCUCGACGCCGGGCGACGGGCACUGCGCGUCGAUGCUGUCAGACCGAGUUCCACGCCAGACCGAGGCUCCUGAGGCAUCUUGCGGCAACCCACCGCUGCCGCAAGUCCUGGUACGCUUGGUGCACGAUGACGAUGAAACCGCUCACCGAACAGCAAAUCGCCGACAACCUCAGUGCCAUCGCUACGACCACGGCAACCAACAAGAAGAGUGGCCGACAUGCGACCUUCAGCGAGAUACCAGCCUACAAGAUCGACACCACGCCGCUCCCACUCUUGGAGACGGUUACCAGCGAGAGCGGCCUGGACUACCGCGCGAUCGACACCAGCAACGAUUGCGAAGCACCGACCUCAGAUCGCGACCUCCAGAUCACGCGUGACAGGAUUCUGAAGGGCGGGGUCGCAGCACUAGAUGCCAAGAUACCGAGAAGGACCUGGCAUCACCCUGACCACGCCAGAGACCCUGCCGACCGUGCCAGUACCUGCCGCUCGAAGGUAACGCCAUGGGGGCCUGCCGACACCACGGAAAAGGUAGCAGACGAGCUCUACCCAGCCAACACAGUUGCAAGAGAAGUCAUCACCAUCUUGCACGCGGCCGCCGAAGCGAAGGUUCCUUGCAAUGUCAUACACGCCGGGGACUCCAUCUUCUGGACGCUUCCCGAGUGCCACCACACCAUCAAGCGUGCUGCAGCAACGUCCGGCACGGCCAAUCACUACGAGCUCGGUACCGCCAGGAUCAUGGCCAACUUAGCGAUCCCCAUACAGGAAACCCAGAUGAAGGAGAUAGCCGCCGAGAACUUCGACUGCGCCGCAGCGGCUCUGCUCGACGACAUGAUCAUCGCAAGGUGGGGCUUCAGAGUGGCAAGAGCGGCACCUACCACCGACAUGCGCACCGACUGCGACAGGUACCUCACCCACACACAGGAGGAGGACAUUGUCAGCGGUGACUACUCCAGCGACGACCACAACGAGGAGGGGCUGGAACC